GUUAGUCGGUAAAGAAUCGCCGCAAUGGAUCUUUCUUGGCAAUCAAUGAUCACUCAGGUUUUAGCCGUUUUGUACGUGGCUUGGUUGACUUUUUCGCUUCGGGCAACCCAGCAAAACAUGGACAAAUACGUGGAAAAUUACUUGACCGUGAACUAUGCUAUGGAGGACAUUAAUGAAAUCAUCGCAGCCCAAAAUGCUCAACUUGUGGAAAUCAAAGCCCAAAUGAGCCCAAAUGAGAAAAUCGAAAAGAAAUUCAGUCACCUUGAGGCAGCGUAUGAGCGGAUUGAAGCCAAAGUGAUUCGAUUAGAGAAAACAAAUAUCCAACUGAAGGAAGAUUUCAAGGAACACAAUGAAAUGAGGAAAGAGCAGGUGACGAAAGUCAAUCAACUGGAGGCCAAAGUCAAACACCAGGAGCUCCUGAUUUUAGCUCUGCAAAACGAAAUAAAGACGUCACCAGCUGCUGCUCCCAGUCAGCCCUCAAAUGGAAUUGACAGAUCCUUGAAUAGCGGACCGAUCAUCAACGGCAAUUACAGAACGUGUAACGAAAUUCGUUUGGCGGAUGCUUCGCUCCCGUCCGGAAUGUACUGGAUCGAUCCUGAUGGCAACAGAGUCGGUGGUUCCCCAAUCUACGUUUAUUGUAACAUGACAACAGGAUCGACUGUGAUCAAACACGACAGUGAAUUGCCAGUGGGCGUGGGCCAUUGUGCCGGUGUCGGUUGUUAUUCACGAACCAUCAACUACAACGCAACAAUGGAGCAAUUAACUGCCUUGGCCAAAUGUUCUGCCGAGUGCCACCAGUCCAUUAGAUACGAUUGCAAUAGAGCUCCGCUCGAGUUAAACAACAUCGCCUAUAGUUGGUGGAACGACAGAAGCGGAAGCGCCAGAUACUUUUGGUCCGGAGUUGAAAACAUCGACGAGGGGACCCACACCUGCCAGUGCGGAAUCGAUGGAAAUUGUGUCGAUCCAAACGUCAAAUGCAAUUGCGAUUCUCUCUCUCCAGCUCAGUUAUUCGACUCUGGUGUCAUUAGAGACAAAAAGCUUUUGCCAGUCACGGGCCUGAAUUUCGGUCGGACUCAGCUGAAAACGUCGUCCGGCGUCCACACGUUGGGCAGUUUCGAAUGCAGCGGACAGGGGAUAGUCAUGCCGACCUCCUGUGAAGAUCUCUGGCGGACUGGACACUCCCUGAGCGGAAUUUACUUAGUCAUGGGCUUCUCCGCUAUGGUGGAAACGGUUUUCUGCGACUUCAAUAACAAAGCGGGAUUCCAGAAAUUGAUUGGCUACGCUGACGUCAAGUCGACGCCCACUUUCUUCCACGUACGAAGAUCCGAUAAAUUUGACGAAAUUGGAGUGCCCAUAACAUACAAAUAUUCGCUGGUCAACAGAGGGGAAGCCAUGGAUGAAACAACAGGCAUUUUCACGGUUAGCCGGGCGGGAACUUAUUUCUUUUCCUUCUCCGGUUUUUCGGCGAUGCUAGCAACCCAAUCCUCCGCUUCACAAUUUUUUGAAAUCUUUCUCUAUUUGAACGACAGCGUAGUCAGUUAUGAUAAUUUUGGAGGGUCAGUGCUCGCCACAGAUAGUUUUGAAUUUGUACCUAUCCAGGCUAUGCUGGAUUUGCAACCAGGCGAUCAAAUUUGUGUGGCGCUUUCUUCCAGGACGAAAGAAGCGUAUCUUCACUCAGUCGACCAUUUCAUUGGGUGGAUGCUGGAAGAAAAAAUCGGCGCAAAGAAUAACUAACCCCCGCGCACGAUAUAUCCCUUUUAAUUUUAGUAGUAUAUUGGUAGAUCAUCUGACUAUAAUUAAUCAGCCACCAGACUUGAAAGUAUAGACCUUCAGCUUAUUACGGUUGAUUCAUUUUGAUUAAUCACGUCAGGGUUAUAAUUUGAUUCUUCAAAUAGUAUACCUAUAGAAGUUGAACACUUAUGAAUACACCUAUGCAUAUCUUA